AUGGCGACCAACGGAGAAACCGAAAGUACCGCUCCUGAAUGCAGUGAUGGAAGUCAUUCAUUUCUUUUAUCUAGUUAUUUAGAUGAAGUAGAGGAUAAUGUCGAAGCGUUACGACGUAAAGCUCAUGAAGUUUUACAAGAACGAGACAGUCUACUUACAAUCCUUUCCCAGCUCGAAGCUGAAAGUUUAAAAUUAAAUGGAUCGGUUUCAGAAGGUAAGCGUAGGCUGGCGUACCGUUGACGAACUACGGUAGACCGUAGAGGCGUUACUUAAGUGAAGUGCCGUAAGCCUUAGGCCCCUAAAAAUGAAAUAAAUUAAUAGGCCUAAGCAAUGUUUCCUCUAAGGUUUGCUGGUUCGUGUGCAAAAUCAUACAGUUAUGUGCAAAUUUUUACAGCAUCAGAUUUUUUUCUGUGCAAAAUAUUACAUGUACAGCCCACAAUCACAAACACAAACUUACAUGGAAUCCGUCAUGGAAAUUUGCUGCGCGGAUACUCAAAACUGCGGCGUGAGUGAGCCGCGCAGCUUAAAGGGAACAUUGGGCCUAAGCCUAAGGCAAAUCUACACUAACAUGGCAGCCAGCUGUGACCUUCAUUUCAUGACUUCGUUGCCAAUGAGUUCAAUGACCCGUUACUGUUACUGUAACUGUAACGGUUACAGGUCAUGGCAACCAAGGCCAAGGUAGUGGAGUAGUGGCCAUGUAAAUUGUAAAAAAAAAAACAUCUGCCGUUCACUGCUAAAAUUGAGGAGGGGAAAGGGAGAGAAUGUGCUGGUUUAACUAUUUACCGUGUGAAACCAAAAUUUGUCAAAUUUAAUAAAAUAUGGUUAUCUACCACUAACGCAUCGGCCAAGAAAAAAUCCAGUUUUUCCAGUUUGAAGCGCUAUUUAAACAAUCAUUCUUAAGAUCCAAAAGGAUGGAAAUGUUUUUAUGACAUUGCACAUACUGGUAUUCAUUUCAGCACAUAUAUAAUACAAAUAACACAAGACAAUUUUUUAAAAUAGAAAAACUAAAACAAUUUAAUUUUUAAAAAAAAUAGAAAUAGCAGAAUUAGAGAAUUUAAACAAUUUAAUGUGAGAAAAUUAAAUAAUUCAUAGUUCUUCCCCAAGGUGACAAUGAAGUUUUUAAAUACGGUAUAUCAUUUCCACGAAAACGGUUGCGGUAAAUAUCAUGGCUUAUGCCAAACUGUCUUUUCAGUUUGUGCCUAUCCACAUUGUUUGUGUGGAUAUCAGCUUCAUCUGGAUCUACAAAAUUUUGUUGAAGGACCCCCAACGUAGUGUUCAUAGAUUCCAUGUUUGAUCUGGUUUAUGUUUGCAUAAGCCGUCCAUCUGCCCAAUACAUUAUGUGAGCUUGUAAGGAUAUAUCUCUCAAUGCGCUCCUGUAACAUGAUCACUACUCAGUCUGACACUUCAAUAAGAAAACAGAGCCCACUCUCUCUUUCUAUGCCACCGAAAACCCAGUCGCCCUCUCUCCACUAUACUAUUAACGGACAUCAAUAAAAGAAUAAACAGAAAAGUUUUUUUUCAUAAUUGACGCUCAGGUGGUAGAUUACCAAUGUUUAUUAGUCUAUAUUUUAAUUUUACACCUAAGGCUUAUUAACCAACUGUUCUUAAUUUUAAGUUUUAUUAAUGGUCAAUUUCCGCAAUCCGUGCCAUGGCAUAAUGUAUGUGUAGCAUUCUCUCCCUUUUUCUUAUUCUUGUGUUGUUACAAGAGUUAAAAAAAAAAUUAAAACAACCAUUUGAAUGUUUAAUAUUAAAAUUUAAUUGGUUGGUUAGUUAUACUAUUUAAAGUUUCUGGCAUCUUAGGAAAUGGGUAGAGGCUAUUGUAUUAAAUUGACUUUCUGACAACUUUUGGAUUUUUUUUUUUUUGGUGGAACCUGAAGUAAAGUGUGUAAAUAGGUAUUCUAUGAAACUGUAAGUUGGGUUUUAAUUAUUUUACAAGUAUUUUGUACCAGUAUUGUUUUUCUUCAUAUUUACAGUUUUCUCACUACAGUGUGUAACUGUAGCAGCACACGUUUUACUUGAGGGAAUAUAGCAUGUACUGGCUGAAACGCAUCAUAUUGUUAAGAAUACCUAUAUACACUACCGGUACCUGUAAACAUGAAAAAAAAUUUAAGCAAACCAAGUACUUGUUAAUAUUGGUUUGUGAAUUUUUUUUGUAAAGUUCGAGAAUUUUAAAAUGAUUUUAGAGUAAGAACUCUGUGUCACUCAAUUUAAUUCAAUACGGUAAUACAAUAGAAAAUAAGCGCAUAUUAAUGAUCUCAUCACAUCUGACGCAGAUAGACUAAAUAUUUCAAUGUUACUAGGCCUAUAGACUAAUUAUAUGUUUAAUGUCACAGAAUGUUUUAUUCUUCAUGCUAGCAGUAGCAUGUAUUUUCCCUUCCUUAUGCCUUAUGCCUUGAUCAUAUAAACAACAGAUCACAUGCCCUAAUUCAUAAUGGUUUUCACAACAUAAAAUAGAUUUUUUUUUUUGGUUCCUCUAAAAUUUUCGAGUUUCAUAUGCAAACUAUACAAAUAGUAUAAAUCAAUAAUCUCAUAUAAAAAAGUAAAGAUAUAAAGGGUUUAUACUAAUGUUUUCAAGCAGCACAACACAGGUAAACUACACAAAAUGGUAUAAUAUGUAACAUAAUAAUUAUAAGAGUAAAACUGGAAUGGGUUGCCUUAACUCCAUGUUGAUACACCAAAUGUUCCUCUCUUUGAGUAAUGAAUAGUAACUUAUUAAAGUAACUCAUUUAUUUUUCUUUGCCUUUUUAAUUUUAUUAUGGAACCAGCUGACAUCAUCCUUGUCUGUUUUCCAGUCUAAUCAUUCAGAGCUUAAAAAAUUUCAGAUUUUUCGCAGUGUGCAAUUAUUGUCAAAUCACUUCUCUGGCUUUUGGCAGCCACUCAAAUAGUUUUAAUCUUUUUUUUCUUAUUGAGGAGCAUCAUAAUGGUAAUGCAUCGUCUGUGCUGAUAUGACUUGUGACCAUUUUAAAUUACCGGUAUACAACUUUUUAUAGUAUAAUUUAUAGGCUUAUAUAACAAACAUUUUGCAACAGAUCCUCUAGGACUUAAUAGAUGUUACUUAAUGAAUGGACGGCUCCUUAUACAAAUAUUUAUGAAUGAGUUUGCUAAAUUUCAUUUGACUACUUUUGAUGUUAAGUUACACCUGGUAUAUAUAGGAUAUAUGUAACAUGGCUAGAGUGCAAAAAUAUAAACAAAUCUACUGUAAUUUCACUGUUUGAGCGAUGACCUCUUAACGGAGGUUGUGUUAGCUAAGAGUUAUUAUGACUUGAUUUCCUUGACUAUGAUUUCCAAUACCGGUACGGUAAAAAAAAUAAAACCAAUACAAAUCAAGGCACUUUGGAAGACUGGUUAGAUGGGACUUCUCAACCUCAGAGACUAGAUCAUCAACUACACAGCCACCCCCCUAUGUCAAAGGCUACCCAGAACUAGAGUCUAGUGAAUGGUCUGACGAGGACUUAAUGAAAUUUUGGCAACUCAUGUGACACUAUAAAUUAUCAGUGGCAAGACAGUCCCAUACUAUGCUAUACUUAGUUACUUAGAUGAUUAUGCCACCAUUCUGUAAUAAACAGGACAUAUUGCUCUAAUGUUCACCAAACAGUUGAUUUGAAUGUUUAUUGCUGGCUUAGGCUACAAUGCUGAGCAAUAAAUCAAAGUCCUUGAUGUUACUUUAUUGUACAAUAUAAAAACACAAUUAUUUACACCAAUUAUUACUAAUAGUAAUAAUUUAGUAAACUAAACAAUACAAUGCAUGGUCACAAUAUCAAGCUGAAAUAAUCAAUUAAUUUAAGUUAAUUGGACUAUUCAAUCAAAGAUUUAUCUUUCUAUUAAUUAGACAUUUUAAUCAAAUCACAUCUAAUUAGUGGGACAGGUCAAUAAAAUAUACAUCUACCUAUCUCCCUGAUAUCCCAGACAAUACUCUAAUUAAAUAGUAAUUAUGCUUAAAAUUUCUUAAAUUAAUGGCAUUCCUAAGGACAAUCAACAUUACUCUUUGUUAAAUAAUGGCAUUGGUGGAAAAGAAAUUUCCAUUUUUUACUUUCUUUAAAAUUAGAUUGAUGACUAAAAUUAAAUAAUUUUUAAUCUUUUUCAUUUUACUUUCAGGUGAGUGCCAGGAAAUUCUUAUCAAUAUUGAAAGAUUGAAGCAGAGGUGCUUAAAUAUUGAAAUUAAAAUUCACACAGUGCGCACUCCAGAGCAAGAAAGUUCAUAUUCCAAAGUAAACUCUUUGGUGCGGGGCCUUGAACAUUUAUGCCUGGAUGGAGAUCCAAAUGAGGAAUCUUAUCAACAUCAAGCUAAAAAUUAUCUCAAUGCCUGUAUUUCUGAUAACCUUUCGGGUGGAUCAGUGGACUAUAAAUUUCAAGGACUGAUUUUGGGUUGUAAACUGGAGGAUCAAAAGAAUGUCCGCCAGCGACUUGAAUGUUUAGUGAAAGGUCGCUGUCAUGAAAACUAC